ACCUGGCCACACAGUAACCCCUCGUCAUCUGGCUAUUGGCUUUCCUUCUUGGGGCCAUGCCAGCUUCUCACUUCAGUGCCCACUCCAGUGACCCAGGGAAGCCCCCCGCCCCCAAACCUGAACUGUGUCUCUUGCCUGUCCAAGGUCACUAGGAGUCAUCUUGGGGCCAGGGGCCCCACCAAGCUGAUCACUGACCCUUCCAUCUAGGACCCGGCCACUGACGUCACAGCCCGCCAUGCAGAAGAACUGCAAUGUCCACUUCACCAAAAGUGGCCGGACCCCCAAUGAGCAAUACUUUUUGGAUCCUGACUCGGGGCACCAAAAAGGAUGCUGUCGUCAGUGGUACCAGGACCUGGUGGCCACUCACGCCCACGGGCCCUGUCAGCUGUCCCCCAAGGCUCACUGGCAGCAGGCCUACCGCAGCCACCGGGGUGGCAGCAGCUGUCGCAGGUGUCCCCAGCCCCUCAUUCUACAGAAACAGCAGCGGCAGCAGCAGCAGCGACAACCCCCACCCCUCCCUCCCAGCCCGCUGAGGCAGCGGCACUGUCCAGUUCGCAGGGCCCAGAAGGGGUCACCUGCAAUCGCCGCUGCCCGCAUAGGACCAGCCAGCGCCCCCCAGCCUGCCACCUCAUCACCCACAGCAGUAUCAGCCAUGGCCAGCAGCGGCCCAGCCCUGCCCUCUGCAGCCGGUGCCCUCCUGGAGCCCAGCGAGCCCACCGAGGCGCGGCCUCUGCCUGCGCCCCCAGCCUGUGGCUCCUUCACCUCCUAUGGCGCCGACAUCCUGACGGAGGAUGAUGUCUACUGCAGCUGUCUGGCUAAAACCCUGUGUCACGUGCCUGUCCCUGUGACCGUGGGUUUCUAUGCUCCCUUUGGCUGCCGUCUUCACAUGAUGCUGGACAAGAUCAUGACGUUGAUGCAGCAGGAGGCCGCGCAGCGCGAGAGCGAGGAGCUGCAGCGCGUGCAGUGGCGACCGCGGCGCGUGCGCGGCUGGGGCGUCCCGCAGCUGUUGUGGUUCCUGGUGUUUCUGCAGCCGGUGAUCACGGAGCUGCACCUGAGGCGCAGGAACGUGCGCUUCCUGUUCAUCCGCUUUAGCGCCUGGCAGUACGCAGGCACCGACAAGCUGUGGGCGGGGCUGGUGACCACGUUGUGCGAGGGCAUACGCCACCACUACGGCGCGCUGCCCUUUAGCGUGUACUCGGUGCUGGGCAACAAGCCAGGUGGCCCACGCGAGGGCCUCUGCCAACGCGAGUGGCACUGCCGACGCCGCGUGUGCUUGGCACUGCUGGCGCUGCUGGCCGCGCUGUGCCUGGGCGUGGGGCUGCUGUACCUGUCGCUGGGGGGCCAUGCACCGGGCCACUCGGGUCGUGGCGUGCUUAAGGCUCUGGGAGGCGCAGCCACCACGCUGUCGGGCUCGGGGCUGCUCAUGGCCGUGUACUCCGUGGGCAAGCACCUGUUCGUGAGCCAGCGCAAAAAGAUCGAGCGUCUGGUGUCGCGUGAGAAGUUCGGCAGCCAGCUGGGCUUCAUGUGCGAGGUGAAGAAGGAGGUGGAGCUGCUCACCGACUUCCUGUGCUUCCUGGAGAUCUACCAGCGACGCCGGCUGCGAGUGGUCCUGGAGGUCACGGGGCUGGACACGUGCUACCCGGAGCGCGUGGUGGGCGUGCUGAACGCCAUCAACACGCUGCUGUCCGACAGCCACGCACCCUUCAUCUUCAUUCUGGUGGUGGACCCCAGCAUCCUGGCCGCGUGCCUGGAGAGCGCGGGCAACAUGAAGGGCACGGCAGACAACGGCUACCUGUUCCUCAACCGCACAGUCACGCUGCCCUUCUCCGUGCCAGUCAUGGGCCGUCGCACCAAGCUGCAAUUCCUGCACGAUGCGGUGCGCAGCCGCGACGAUCUGCUGUUCCGGGAGCUGACACGCAAGCUGCAGCCGCAGAGCCAAGGCUCGGGCGCCGGCGAGGGAACUCAGCUGCUGGCGGUGGAGACGCAGGCAGACGGGGAGCGCACGCAGGGUCGCGUGGACGCGGAGGCUGCGCGGCGCAUCCAGGAGGCGCUCUGCUGCCUGCACGACGAACACGACUGCUUGUACGAGUACGUACCCGACAACGUGGUGUCCAUGCGGCGCAUCGUCAACACUGUGCCCAUCACCGUCCGCCUCUUGCAGCAGCAACAGCACCAGCAGCCGGACCGCGUGGGACCCACCCCGCGCCACGCUGUGGCUUGGGUGGUGCUCGCCAACCAGUGGCCUUGUCGCCUCAGCUGGGUACUGCAAUGCCUGGAGGACCGGCAGCAGGCGGGGGGCGCGCCCGAGGGCCGCGCACGUCUCUGGGACGUCUUCUGCGACAACAGUCGCGAGCUGCACACCAUGACCAAGGCCUUGCAGAAUGUGCUGGACCUGGAUGGCGACCCCGAGCUUUUUGAGCGCUUUCUGGGCACUGAUUUCCCAUUCACCGUGGCCGAGGCACAGAGUUUGCUGCGCUGUACGGUCAACCUGGACCAUUCCAUCCGCCGCCGCAUGGGCCUCAUCAGGGCUGUCAGCGCGCUCAAACCGCCCAGCCCGCCCAAGUCCCCAUCCCGGGAUGAUCCCCAGGCCAGUCACCGAGUCAAUAACACCGCAGGGACAUCCCAGGUGGCCCAUGGAUCAGGACACAGUAGAGAGGCACAUUACCCUGGGGACCGGACCAGCAAGCCAAGGCCGAUGGCCUAAAAGUCCUUGAAUUUCAGGGGUGUAGAGGCUGCUUGGGUUUGGAAUGGUGAAUACCAGCAGCCACGGGUGGCAGCAACAUCCCACCUGCCCUGAUGAGAGUGUGAAGGCAGGGCUAGGCUCAAGACCAAAGGGGUUUGGGAUGGCAUACACCCUAGUGACUUUGGAAGCCAAAGGGCGGUGGGUAGUAGCUUCCUGGAGUAGGCUGUUACCGCACCAGUGUCUGAGCCAACAGAGGGGCCAGUGAGGAACACAGGAGUCGAAAAGGCAAUAAAGGAAACUGUGGAAAGCCAGGGCUGGCCUUCAUGUCAUGGAUUUCUGGCUAGGUGAGGAUGCCACCUGC